AUGGCUUCAUUAGAGGAAGAGGAAGACCGUGACAUGGGAGGUUCUCAAGAUGGAAGCUCCGAUAAUGAAAAUGAGAACGACAUGGAUGACACAAUGCGCGAUGCCGAAGACGGAGACGGCGACAAUGAUCAGGAUCAGGAUGGGGAUGGGGAUCAAGACGCGGAUAGCCCGUCGAAUGCGAGCCAGGGAUCGGAAGGCGCUGGGAUGCAGCACAACACAAAUGGUAGCGGCGAGAAUACCGUGUUUGAACCGUUCUCGAUCUACCAUCCCAGUGUGCGCUCCGAAUGUCUCACGGCUCGGACGUAUGAUAUCGUCCCAACUACCGCCGCGCCACAUGCGACCUCCAUCAACGCGAUUACAGCGACGGCCGAUAUGCGAUGGGUUUUCACUGGUGGCUCGGAUGGAUUCGUGCGCAAAUUCAAUUGGGCAGAGUCAAUAAACAGCAAACUCAUGUUGACUGUCGCCCAGAGACAUCCCUUCGUGGAUAGCGUGGUCAAGGCGGGUGUGCUGAUGACGUAUUGGGAAAACAUGGAUGCGAACCACUUGUCACCGGUGUAUUCACUCGCUUGUCAAAGCGAGGGCUUGUGGCUGCUCUCUGGCCUAGAGUCUGGCACCAUUCGGUUACAAACGCUGCGCCACGACGAAGGGAAGGAAAUUGUGGCACUUCAACAACACACUUCUGCGGUCUCCACGCUGAAUCUCACAUCCGAUGAGACUUCAUUGCUAUCUGGAAGUUGGGACAAGCGUGUCUUUGACUGGGAUUUGAACACCGGGCAGGCAAGACGUGCGUUUGGCGGCAGCGCUGGACAGAUAUCAGCUGUGCAGAUCCGACCAGAGUCUAGCUUGCCCGUGCCCAAGGACACCACUGAGUUCCCCCAGACCAAUGGCACGUAUGCAUCAAAUUAUGCCGCGCCUGGCACAGAAAACUUCAACUUCGCCGACACCAAUCACGAUGCAGAAGGCGCGGGGCAGACAGAGAAUCCGCAGGCGGGUUCUCCCACAGAUUCACUAUUUGGUGGAGCGGACUCAUUGUUUGGCGAUGCCGACGGCGGGGCUGCCGAUGGCGGCGAACCAUCGGGUGGCGUAUUUGGAGUCGACGAAGACGAUGAAUUUGGCCGGGCCGUGGCAAACGGUGCUAUGGCAGAUGCAGAUGCGCCAGGGGAGAUUGACGACGAAGUGCCUGCGCCACCGAUUGCUGCGCAUGUUCAAAAUACAGAAGAUACCCAACCUCCCGCUCAGACCGAUGCGCCAGAUGAGAAGAUGGAAGGGGCAGACUUCGACACAGCCAAUAACAUAGACCAGCCCAUGGUUAAUGGGAUUCCUAAAGCAGAAGAUCUCGAAACUCAACAACCUCCAGAUCCGGAGUUCUCGCAAGAUAACUCACAAGAGCAGGGCCAUGCGGCUGACAACACUUUCUUGGCUGCCUCCAUUGAUGGAACAAUUCGUGUAUGGGACCGCAGACAGCCUGAUCCGAUUGCGCGCAUUAGCCCGCAAAACACUCCACCAUGGUGUAUGAACGCGUGCUGGUCUCCGGAUGGUAACUAUAUCUAUGCUGGACGACGAAACGGCACUGUCGAAGAGUUCAGUCUUCAUAAAGGGCUCCGGAAUGCCGAGCGGACGUUCAAGUUCCCACAAGGCAGUGGGCCAGUAACAGCACUCAAGGCCAUGCCUAAUGGACGACAUCUUGUGUGUGCUUCCCACGACAUUCUCCGGUUGUACGAUCUCCAAAACGAACAAAAUGAUAACUCCCGCCACUCGUCUGUUCCCUUCUUAAUCAUUCCUGGCCACCGGACUGGAACCAUUUCUCAGUUAUUUGUCGAUAAUGCAUGCCGCUACAUGAUUUCGACGAGCGGAAACCGAGGCUGGGAAGGAAACACAACCGAGGUCUUUUUAGGCUACGAAAUCGGCGUACCUCAAUAA